GAGAGAGAGAGAGAGAGAGGGAGAAAGAGAGAGAGAGAGAGAUAGAGAUAGACGGGGGUGCAAAGUGUUCGCCGCCGCCGCCGCAGCCGCCGAAUGUCCGCCUCUUGGAGCCGCCGAUGAGCCAGCCUCUCGUCCGUGUGAGCACCUCUCCAGGCCCGCUGCUGCCUCCGAGGCGUCCGCUCACGAUCCACGGAUCCCACCAGCCGGAAAGGAGGGAGGGAGGGGGGCACUGCGCGUUUUUCAGGAGCACCUGACACUUCCUGUGGCAGACCCACUCCUGGUGGAGCGUCAUGGCGCAGACCAACAGCGGCGGGCAGGGCACCAACGGUGUAGCGGACGAGUCCCCCAAUAUGAUCGUGUACAGAAAGAUGGAGGAAGUCAUCGCUCGCAUGCAGGAAGAGAAAAAUGGCAUCCCCAUUAGAACAGUGAAGAGUUUCCUCACCAAGAUCCCAAGUGUUUUUUCAGGUUCUGAUAUUGUACAGUGGAUGAUCAAGAACCUGGUCAUUGAAGAUCAAGUCGAGGCUCUCCACCUCGGAACGCUGAUGGCCGCACACGGAUACUUCUUCCCCAUCUCGGACCAUGUCCUCACUCUCAAAGACGACGGCACUUUCUACAGGUUUCAGACUCCAUACUUCUGGCCCUCAAACUGCUGGGAACCAGAAAACACAGACUAUGCGGUGUACCUGUGCAAAAGAACGAUGCAAAACAAAGCCCGCCUGGAGCUUGCAGACUACGAGGCGGAGAGCUUAGCCAGGCUACAGAGAGCAUUCGCCAGGAAGUGGGAGUUCAUUUUUAUGCAAGCAGAAGCACAAGCAAAAGUGGAUAAAAAACGGGACAAAAUCGAGAGGAAAAUUCUGGACAGUCAGGAAAGAGCAUUCUGGGACGUGCACAGACCUGUGCCUGGCUGUGUCAACACAACAGAAGUCGACAUCAAGAAGUCCUCAAGAAUGAAAAAUCCACACAAAACCCGAAAGUCGGUGUACGGCCUGCAGAACGACAUCCGCGCACACAGCCCCACCCACACCCCCGCCCCCGAGGCCAAGCAGCCCACAGAAGAGGAGCUGCAGGAGCAGAUCACAUUCUGGCAGCUGCAAUUAGACCGACAUCGACUGAAAAUGUCCAAAGUGGCGGAGAGCUUGCUGGGCUACACGGAGCAGUACAUCGAGUACGACCCCUUCCUCACGCCCCCAGACCCCUCCAACCCCUGGAUCACAGAUGACACCACGCUGUGGGAGCUGGAAGCAAGUAAGGAGCCCGGCCAGCAGAGGGUCAAGAGGUGGGCUUUCGGCAUCGACGAGGUUCUUAAAGAUCCUGUGGGGCGAGAACAGUUCCUCAAGUUCCUGGAGUCAGAGUUCAGCUCGGAGAAUCUCAGGUUCUGGCUAGCGGUCCAAGAACUAAAGAAACGUCCCAUCAGAGAAGUUCCCAGUCGGGUUCAGGAGAUCUGGCAGGAGUUUCUGGCACCGGGCGCGCCCAGUGCCAUCAACGUGGACUCCAAGAGCUACGCCAAAACCACCCAGAAUGUUAAAGACCCUGGACGCUAUGCCUUUGAGGACGCACAGGAACACAUCUACAAACUGAUGAAGAGUGACUCUUACAGCCGCUUCAUUCGUUCCAGUGCCUAUCAGGAGCUGCUGCAGGCCAAGAAAAAGAAAAGUAAGAAUCUCUUCUGAAAGAUCUUCCUUCCAGGAGAGACCCGGCGGUGGAGCACUGGUGUGCCAUCACAAGAAGAAAAAGAAACUAAUCAAUGCCACCUCUCUCUGGGCCAUGGAGAGCAGCCAUCAUCAUCAUCAUCUCCAUCAUCAUCAUCAUCAUCAUCAUCAUCAUGGUGGUCUCUGGGGCCCAGCAGCCGUCUGUCCAGCAGGCGUGGCACCCGACGCUC